AUGAACGAAUUGUCCGAGGCCACCUCGCUGAUCGGCGCCGGCCUCGCCCUAUUCCUGUCCCUGUGCGACCUCCAGAUUAAAGGCACCAUGGCUGUCGUAUGGCUGCUAUCGGAAAACAUCGCGACCAAGCAUGAGGGCGCGGCAGUCAUUAACCGCAAGCUAAACCUUUACCACGACCUUUUCUAA